AUUUGUUUGAAUUAAUUGAUUGUAGUAUUGAUUCGAUUGUCAAAACUGUUGUCACUUAAGAUUGCAAUCACUUUGAAGACAACAACAACAACAACAACGACAACGACUUCACAAUCAUUACAAUGGAUUGUAUUCACAACAGCUAUGAACAAGUGAUGCAACACUUGGAGACCACCGUUAAGACGGCUCUCGAGUCACUCAACAUUGAGUCCAAUGAUGACAUCGAUCACAUCGACGAUACUAAAGACGAUCUCAACAUUGAUGCCGACGAACACAAGUGUGUAACCACUGCUGACAAUACCGAUGAAGAGCAUCGACACAAUGCCAUCAUUGACUCGCAAGAAAUGGGCGCUCAAUCGGCCAACCAAUUGGUUAGCGACCAGUUGCCAGAAGUGACCGAUCCUGUGGCCAAAGUGAUGAACAGUGAAAUAAGUAAAUCAUUGGCCACUCGUUUAGCUGAUAAAAGACAUCCGUUGCGAAAUCAUUGGCAAUUGUGGUUCUGGAGAGCAGAUCCCGGUGUCAAAGUUGUUUGGCGUCAAGCUUUGCAACGCGUCUGCAAACCAUUUCAUACUAUUGAAGACUUUUGGUGUUUAUAUCAUCACAUCAUUAGUGUCAAGCAAUUGACACCUCCCAGUGAUUACUGUGUGUUUAAAGAGGGAAUAGAGCCGAUGUGGGAGGACAGCCAUAACAUAAAUGGCGGCAAAUGGAGUAUGGAGUUUGUCAAAGCAUCCAAUCGACAGAUUGAUCCACAUUUGGAUGAUAUUUGGCUCGAAGUGUUGCUCUGUCUUAUAGGUGAAGGUUUUAAUGAAUUUAAUGAAGAGAUCUGCGGCGCUGUUGUCAACAUUCGGUCUAAAGAGGAUCGUAUAUCCGUGUGGACGGCUAACGCCAACAAAUCGGUGGCUAAUUUAAAAAUCGGUGAAAUACUUAAAGUGAGAACUGGUUUUGAAAAACAACUCAAAUAUGAAGCCCACUCUACCAGUCAGCGCAUUGCUCUUCAAAAGGAGAAAAUAUAUGACUCUAAACUAAACGCCAAUUUGAACCCGAAGUCCAAUGGCCGGCGCUCUUGUGUUUUCUAAUUGAGUCCACAUUUGAUUAACUGAUUCACACUUUAAUUAAUAAUUUCAAGUGUUGUUCACAUCUAAAAAUCUUAUUCUAAUUCUGCAAA